AUGAACAUCUAUUUUAAUAAUUAACCUUAUCAGAUACCAGAUAAUUUAACAUUCCAAUAAUUAUUGUAAUUUGUUACCUAAAAUCCAAAUAUAAAAGUAAGUGAUAAGAUUUGGAAAUUAAAUGGUGAGAAUUUGGCAAUAAAAGAAAAUAGUCUCAUCACAGCUUUGGCAAAAAAUUAAGACUAAAUCACAACAAUUGUAAACAUAAAAUUUAUUCUUAGGACAAGCAAUAACCAUAAUUAAUACAAUAACAAUUAUUAUAACAAUAACAAUAACCUUAUCGCUAGCAAGCUAUGACUACCCCAACAAUAGGUUAAGCCGCUUAAAUUUAGCCUAACUUAAUUUUGAAUCAACCAUCAUAAACUUUAAAUUAAACUAAUUUUCAAUAAUAAGGUUAGUAAUUUCUUGGAGUAACUUAAUAAUAAUAUUAACAAAACUAAUAAUAGUAAUUUAACUACCAACCAUAAUAAUCAUAAAACAUAUAAUAAUCAUAAAACAUAUAAUUAUAAUAAAACAUAUAAUUAUAAUAAAACAUAUAAUAAUAAUAAAACAUAUAAUAAUAAUAAAACCAAUAAUAUGCAUACUCAUAAGUUCUUCAGAAUUCUUCAUAAUUACCUUAACAAUAGGUUAAUUAAGAAACAGAUAUUUUCAAAACAGUCUAACAAGAUGUACCAAAAUAAUAAGAUGCUUAAGUGGUCGAUGUUUUCCAAACAAAAUAAGUUGUAGAAGAUAUAUUUUCAACUAAUUUUUAAAAUUCCUAAUAUGAUAUUCUGAGAUAAGAAUAUUUGAAGAAUAAAGCUACUUCUCCUGGAUAUAAAAAGUAAUAAUAAUUAUAUUUUAAGUGCUCAAUUUUCAAAAAAUGGAUUUAUAUUUAAGAUAGAAAAUUAUGGAGAUGAAGUAACGGUGAAAAAUUAGGAUAAAUCAUUUUCUCUAAAAUUGAAUAGUUCCUAUUCACUGAAAAACAUUCGAUAGAUUAACAUAGAUGAUAAGUAAAAAUAAUUUGAAAAUAAUAUUAUUGGAGAACUCAAUUAUACCAGAAUAUCUUAUAUUCAAAAUUAUGAUUUACUUGCUAUAUAAUUCAAUAAUAAUAGAAUUAUAGCAAUAUAAUUGUAUAUGGAAUGA